AUGGCGAGCGCGGGCGGAACGCCUCCGCUGACGGAGCAUCUCAUCUCGGGGGGUGCGUGUAGUGAUUCCACAGCGUCGAAAUCAAUGCAGGCGGGCCGGAGUCCUCGGUUGAGUGCGGACAGUUGGCCCUUACCCACGCCAAGGGUGGCCGCCUCGGAAGACCACAUGGACAGCGGAUCUUGCAGCGUUGGGGAGGCUUUCGAACAGGACUGUGUGUCGCAUGCAUCCGUUAUCCCAGUUCCAUGUGAACGCUUUUGUGACACCAGCUACGCAACUGGGGAGCGAACGCACACCUUCUUGUUUAAUGAACCCUCGGCUGCGGAGCACGGCGGGGAGGAUUUGCAUCUGGACAUUCCUCGCGCUGGGGGAGUGCGAACCCCGUUCGCUUCCAACUCCGCCAUUGGCCAGCCUCUGACUCCACGCUCGCCUGUAAACCGCCGCCCCUCCCUCGUAGAUUCCUCUCACAUCCACCGUAGUCCCUCACUUCGCCUCUGGAAUCACGACCUUGAAACUAAAGCUCAGUGCGAAGAUUCGGUGGAGGAUGCGGCGACGUAUUUGCGGAGUCGUAGGAAUCCGUCACUGAUUUCCAGACAUGGGCAUUCCGGUGCAAGUAGUGCGCGCGGCCAUGGCAGCAGAUCUCCGCAGAUGUUUCGCGGCGAGACAAUCGAGGAGACGCUCUCGACGUCCAGGACCCCGUUCAAAUCACCGGCGCAAAUGCGGGCCUCACGAUUGACCAACGAUAUUGGCCCCAUUUUCCAUAGUUGCUUUAGCUCGCGUCGCUCCAGCAUGUUGCCCCCUGCCGUGAUCCACGCCAGCGGUGCGCCCGCUUGUGUGCGGGGAGCGGAUAGCAGUGGAGUGUCAGCUACACAGGAACAAUACGGGCAGGGCCCAGGGGGAAGGGCGUUGCCCGCGUCUUCGCACGAGGCACACCCUUUGGUACCGGAAUCAGCCUACCGGGAAAACUUUAGCAGCAGCCGGGAUUUUUUUCUUGACAGAAUUGAAAAAUUAGAAGCGCGACUUCAGCAAACGGAGCAAACAUUGGCGCAACUAGUAGAGAGGUUCGAAGCGCGCCAGGUUGAGCUAGAACAGCGUGUGGCAGAGUUGCAGCGAAGGGCAGCAUUGGUGUCCCCAGCAGCAGUAGCGUCAAUAUCACGUUCAAAUUCAGCUGGUGCAACAAGAGAGCCCUCACGCGCCAUGGAUGCUUGA